AUGGCUUCCACUACUAAUCUCUUCGUCUUCCUCAUCUCCAUUUUCAUGAUCAUCACACACAUCACCACCACAAAACCAUCACCAUCUCAUUUGUCCACCAUUCUCUCAAAUCUUGGAUUCAAUUCUCUCUCAAACGCAUCUCUUACUACCAUCAUCUCCACCGUUAAUUUCCCACUUACCAUUUUUGCCCCUACAGAUUCUUCUUUACUCAGUUGCCCUUCUUGUUCACUUCCCUUACUUCUUCAAGAACACUCUAUUCUUGGUCUCUACUCAUUUCACUUCCUUCGUACUCUAUCAUUUGGUACUAAAAUAGAAACUUUAGCACCAACUCGUUGUCUUACAAUAACCCCAUCAAGAUUCAAGAACUCGUCUAGGGCAGUGUUUGUUAAUGGGGUUGAGAUUACUAAACCGGAUAUAUACAACAAUGGGUUUAUUAUUAUGCAUGGUAUACAAGGUUAUAUUACUCAUCUUUCUACCAUUUCUUGUAGAGUUGAGAGUUUAACUACUUUGUCAUUCCCUUUUCUUCCACCUCCCACGGUCGCGUUUGCUGCCACUCGCUUCAUGUUAAAAGAUGUUUUGGCACGUUUACGUACUAGUGGUUAUAGUUUGGUGGCACUUGCUAUGAGGGUUAAGUAUCCUGAACUAGCAGAGUUGAAGACAAUGACUAUUUUUGCAAUGGAUGAUUUGUCUAUUUUUGGUAUUGGAGUUGGGCAUGAGUAUGUAAGAAGUGUUGGGUUUCAUAUUGUGCCUAAUAGGUUGUUAAUGGCAUCUGAGUUGGUGAAAUUGGAUGCUAAUACAGAGUUGUUGACAAUGGAGAAAGGUGGUAAAUUGGUUGUUACUACUGCUGGUGGUAAUGGUCCUUUGGUUCCAAUGAGGAUCAAUUAUGUUAAAAUCAAGAAUUUGGAUCUUGUUUAUAAUAAUAGGAUUGUGGUUCAUGGACUAUCAAAGCCAUUUCCGCGCAUUCGUCAUCGUCAAGCUGAUGAUCCACACGAAUUUCAGACAGAUCAGAGGUCAAUGAAGUAUUAA